AUGCAAUUACCGGAGGAGCCAGCACCGCCUUUGCAUCGGUUAGACUCUACCGUCCCCAAAGGCAAGGGCGACAAGGACAAGGAGGAAGACGACCCGUUAGCACAUUUACCAGAGCACGAGGCAGCCAUUAUACGCAAACAGCUCGAUAUACCACCCGUGAAGCUCACAUACUUCAGUCUAUAUCGGUACGCCACCCGGAACGAUUUCCUCAUCAUGGCCGUAAGCGCCAUUUGUGCUAUUGCCGGAGGCGCUGCAAUGCCUCUCAUGACUAUUAUCUUUGGUUCUCUCGCCGGGACUUUCCAAGGCUUCUUUAACGGGAGUGCAAAUGGUGCCGCGUUCUCGCGUACUGUUGACCAUCUAACGUUAUACUUUGUUUAUCUCGCUAUUGGAGAGUUUGUAACCAUCUACGCCGCAACUGCUGGUUUUAUCUACGUUGGCGAGCAUAUCUCGGCCAAGAUUCGAGAGCAUUACCUGGCUAGCAUUCUGCGGCAGAAUAUUGGAUACUUCGACAAGCUUGGUGCUGGCGAGAUUACUACGCGUAUCACAGCGGACACUAAUCUCGUACAAGAUGGUAUCUCUGAGAAGGUCGGCUUGACGCUUACGGCUGUCGCCACGUUCAUUACAGCAUAUGUUAUUGGUUAUAUCAAGUACUGGAAGCUCACCCUGAUCUUGACAUCCACGAUUGUGGCAAUCUUCGUGACAAUGGGUGGCCUUGGCCAAACGAUCGUCAAGUACAACAAGCAGUCUCUUGCCGCCUAUGCUGAGGGCGGCACUGUUGCCGAAGAGGUUAUCAGCUCCGUCCGCAAUGCCACCGCGUUCGGGACACAAGACAAGCUCGCCAAAGAGUACGAUGUCCACCUUUUCAAGGCAGAAAAGGCCGGUUUCGUUAUGAAGGGCGUAUUGGGCUCAAUGAUCGGCUUCUUGAUGUGCUACGUUUACCUAACCUAUGCACUGUCCUUCUGGCAAGGCAGCCGGUACCUUGUGCAGGGCGAGAUGACGCUGUCUGAUGUGCUUACCAUUCUGCUGUCUAUCAUGAUCGGCGCCUUCUCCCUUGGCAACAUUGCUCCAAACAUCCAGGCCUUCACCACCGCCGUGGCGGCUGCGAAUAAGAUCUACGCUACCAUUGACCGCAAGUCUCCGCUUGACCCGCAGUCCGAUGAGGGAACGAAGCUGGAUCACGUGGAAGGAACGAUCGAGCUUCGCAACGUGCGACAUAUCUACCCUAGUAGACCGGAAGUCGUCGUGAUGGAGGACGUCAAUCUCCUCGUUCAUGCCGGCAAAACGACCGCGCUUGUUGGUGCUUCCGGCUCUGGCAAGUCUACAAUCGUGGGUUUGGUUGAACGGUUCUAUGACCCUGUCGGUGGCGAAGUUCUGUUAGACGGACACAAUGUACAAGACCUCAACCUUCGAUGGCUGAGACAGUAUAUCAGCUUAGUGUCGCAAGAACCCACGUUGUUUGCAACGUCAAUCGCAGGCAACAUUCGCCAUGGACUGAUCGGAACUCAAUAUGAGGGCUUGCCAGGCGACAAGACGAAGGAGUUGGUGGAGAGUGCGGCGCGGAUGGCCAACGCGCAUGACUUCAUUACGCAGUUGCCGGAGGGUUACGACACGAAUGUGGGCGAGCGCGGAUUCUUACUAUCAGGUGGCCAGAAACAGCGCAUUGCCAUUGCACGAGCCAUUGUGAGCGACCCGAAGAUCCUUCUAUUGGACGAAGCAACGUCCGCACUGGAUACCAAGUCGGAAGGCGUUGUGCAAGCGGCGCUUGACAGGGCGGCCGAAGGAAGAACAACCAUCGUGAUUGCCCACCGCCUCAGCACUAUCAAGCAUGCUGACAACAUCGUCGUGAUGUCCCACGGUCGCAUUGUCGAGCAAGGAACGCAUGACGAGCUUCUUGGGAAGAAAGCAGCCUACUAUAACCUCGUCGAAGCUCAACGCAUAGCCCAGCAGACUGAAGCGAAGAGGGAGGAUGACAUUCCUAUCCUUGACGAACGAGACGCACAAGUUCGCGGCGACCUCAAAACGCCCGCCACGGAAAAGGGCGAGCUAGACUAUGUCGAUCCCGACGAUCUUGAGCUUGGCCGAACCAAGACUGGGCAAAGCGCCUCCAGCAAAGUCCUCGCGGGCAAGAACCAGCAGAAGAAAACAAAGUACAGUCUCUGGCAGCUUAUCAUGCUUGUGGCGUCGUUCAACAAGCAGGAGUGGCACUACAUGUUACUAGGUCUGUUCUCUUCAAUCAUCAACGGAGCUGGCAAUCCUGUCCAGUCUGUCUUCUUCGCCAAGGCCAUUUCCGCCCUCGCACUGCCUCCGUCCGAGUAUGCGAGACUGCGAUCACAGAUCAACUUCUGGAGCUGGAUGUACUUCAUGCUGGCCAUGGUGCAACUCAUCUUCUUCCUCCUUCAGGGCAUAGCAUUCGCCUACUGUUCCGAACGGCUCGUGCAUCGCACGCGCGACCGCUCCUUCCGUACCAUGCUCCGGCAGGACAUCCAAUUCUUUGACCGUGAAGAGAAUACGGCUGGUGCCCUCACUUCGUUCUUGUCUACCGAAACGACACAUCUGGCGGGCAUGUCUGGCGUUACGCUUGGCACUAUCCUUCAAGUCCUUACCACACUCAUCGUCUGCUUCGUCAUCUCCCUCGCUGUCGGCUGGAAACUGGCGCUGGUUUGUAUCGCUAGCGUCCCCGUCGUCUUGGCCUGCGGCUUCUUCCGCUUCUGGAUGCUAGCUCGUUUCCAAGAACGCGCAAAGAAGGCCUAUGAGAAGUCCGCUUCUUACGCCUGUGAAGCUACCUCUGCCAUCCGCACUGUCGCGUCCCUAACGCGUGAGAACGAUGUCUGGGCGCACUAUCACAACCAGCUGGUGGACCAAGGUCGCAAGUCGCUCAUCUCCGUACUGCAGUCUUCGGCGCUGUAUGCAGCGUCGCAGUCUUUCAUGUUUCUGGCCAUUGCGCUUGGCUUUUGGUACGGUGGUACCCUUAUCGGCAGCGGUCAGUACAGCUUGUUCCAGUUUUUCUUGUGCUUUUCCGCCGUCAUCUUUGGCAGCCAGAGCGCGGGUACAAUCUUCAGCUUUGCACCAGAUAUGGGUAAAGCGAAGCAUGCAGCUAUAGAGCUCAAAACGCUGUUCGACCGGACGCCGGAGAUUGACAGUUGGAGCCAAGACGGUGAGGUGCUGCAGGGCAUGGAAGGCCACAUCGAGUUCCGAGACGUGCACUUCCGCUAUCCUACGCGAACCGAGCAGCCGGUCUUGCGGGGGCUGAACCUCACUGUGAAGCCUGGUCAGUACAUCGCUCUUGUCGGAGCUUCAGGGUGCGGCAAGAGCACCACUAUCGCGAUGCUGGAGCGCUUCUAUGACCCGCUCGUUGGUGGCAUCUACGUAGACGGCAAGGAGAUCAGUAGUUUGAACAUCAACAGCUACCGUAGCUAUCUGGCGCUCGUUUCGCAGGAGCCGACAUUGUACCAGGGCACCAUUCGCGAGAACAUCUUGCUCGGAGCGGAUACGGCCCCAGAGGAUGUGCCGGAGGAGGCGAUUGUGCAGGCUUGCAAAGAUGCCAACAUCUACGACUUUAUACUUUCGUUGCCGGAGGCGUUCAACACCGUGGUCGGGAGCAAGGGCAGUAUGUUGAGUGGCGGGCAGAAACAGCGUAUCGCCAUCGCCCGCGCCCUCCUUCGCGACCCAAAGAUCCUUCUACUCGACGAAGCCACCAGCGCAUUGGACUCGGAGAGUGAGAAGGUAGUCCAAGCUGCCCUGGACGCCGCGGCCAAGGGUCGCACCACUAUUGCGGUCGCUCACAGACUAUCCACGAUCCAAAAGGCCGACCUGAUCUAUGUGAUCGAUUCUGGGAAGGUAGUGGAACAAGGCACGCACUCGGAGUUGCUCAAGCGGAAGGGCAGGUACUUCGAGUUAGUCAACCUGCAGAGUCUUGGGAAGACUCAGUAG